AUGGCCGGCAUGACGGAGGUGUCGCAGCGCCACGUCGAGGGCGCGCGCUUCGACAUCUUCGAUUGGCACCCCAACUACCAGAGCUGCCAGCGCUACUUUCUCGACCAGGCCCAGCACAGCACGCCCGUGCAGGCGCUGUCCUCCUUUCUCAACAUCCUGCUGCCCUUCCAGCGCCAGCCCAGCCCCGUGUACAACACCACCGCCGACGCGGCUCGGUGCCAGCCCCACGCGUCCACCGCCACCAACGCCAACGUCGCCAUGCCCCCCAGCGUCUCGCUGGUGCCCUACAUCCGCCGCCUGGUCGCCACGGGCAUGGACUACCCCGGCGUGCUGCACGGCUUCUUCGGCGACGACUGGGCCGCCGGCAUAGGCCCGCUGCACGAGCAGGAGCGCCGCAACUACCUCUUCGCCGCCAAGAGCGGCGGCUGGGCCGCCGUCAAGCGGGAGUAUGACAUCCCUCCGCUCGAGACCAUCCCGUUCUUGCGCCCACUGCAGGGCCCUGUCGACUCGGAGAUCGAGGCUGCGGAGAGGAGCUGGAGCGAAUGGCUGGCCAUGGAGGAUUGGAUGGUGGGGCCUCGCGCCCCCGACGUCCUCAACGAGUCGUCACCCUCGUCGAGACCACGUAGUCCGCGCUCGUGA